GUCGUUUUCGAUUUUCCUUUGAUUCGCCGGAGAAAUAGCAUUUCCGGCCAUGAAAACCUCUCUCCGACGGUUACGAGGGGUGCUUCAUAAGCAUGAAUCUAAAGACCGGAGAGAUCUUCGAGCUCUGGUUCAGAAAGACGAGCUUGCCCAAGCUUCGCAGGACGUAGAAGACAUGAGAGAUUGCUAUGAUAGCUUGCUCAAUGCCGCUGCUGCUACUGCCAAUAGUGCAUAUGAAUUUUCUGAAUCUUUGCGAGAACUAGGUGCUUGCCUUCUUGAGAAAACUGCGCUAAAUGAUGAUGAAGAAAGUGGUAGAGUGUUGAUUAUGCUGGGAAAAUUGCAGUUUGAAUUGCAAAAACUUGUUGAUAAAUAUCGGUCUCAUAUUUUCCAAACAAUUACAAUCCCCUCAGAGUCACUUCUAAAUGAACUCCGCAUAGUUGAGGAGAUGCAGCGGCUUUGUGAUGAUAAAAGGAAUGUUUAUGAAGGCAUGCUUACAAGACAAAGAGAGAAAGGGAGAUCAAAGGGUGGGAAAGGAGAAACUUUUUCGACACAGCAACUACAAGAAGCUCAUGAUGAAUAUGAAAACGAGACGACUUUAUUUGUUUUCCGUUUAAAAUCCCUGAAACAAGGGCAAACACGUAGUCUUUUGACUCAGGCAGCACGGCACCACGCAGCACAGUUAUGCUUCUUCAAGAAGGCUCUUAAUUCCCUUGAGGAAGUGGACCCACAUGUACAGAUGGUAACCGAGUCACAGCAUAUUGAUUACCAUUUCAGCGGAUUAGAAGAUGAUGAUGGGGAUGAUGAAAUAGAAAACAAUGAGAACGAUGGUUCUGAGGUGCAUGAUGAUGGAGAGUUGAGUUUUGAAUAUAGAGUUAAUGACAAGGACCAAGAUGCGGAUUCUUCAGUUGGUGGCUCCUCAGAGUUGGGUAACUCAGACAUCACAUUUCCACAAAUUGCAGGACCAUAUACUGCACAGGAAAAUGAGCAAGGAAACUACAGGAAAUCUCAUUCGUUUAGGAGAGAUGUUAGGGCAGUGAGCCAAUCAGCACCGCUUUUUCCCGAGAAUCGCACAACUCCUCCUUCAGAGAAGCUGUUACGGAUGCGAUCAACUCUGACACGGAAAUUCAACACUUAUGCAUUGCCAACACCUGUGGAAACAACGAGAAGUCCCUCAUCUACUACAAGUCCAGUUAACAAAAACGUGGGGUCAUCUAAUCCUACAAAGGCAAUUACAAAACAGAUUUGGUAUUCAUCCCCACUGGAAACUCGUGGACCUGCAAAGGUUUCAACAAGAUCAAUGGUAGCCUUGAAAGAACAAGUCCUGAGAGAGAGUAACAAGAAUACAUCUCGGUUGCCUCCGCCUUUAGCAGAUGGACUCUUGUUCUCUCGUCUCGGUACGCUUAAGAGACGAUCCUUCUCUGGUCCACUGACAAGUAAACCAUUACCUAACAAGCCUCUCUCUACAACAUCUCACUUAUACUCUGGUCCGAUCCCAAGGAAUCCAGUUUCCAAGCUGCCAAAGGUGUCAUCAUCUCCAACUGCUUCCCCUACAUUUGUCUCAACCCCAAGAAUAAGUGAACUCCAUGAGCUUCCUAGACCACCACCAAGAAGCUCUACAAAGUCCUCUAGGGAAUUGGGAUAUUCAGCUCCCUUGGUUUCGAAGAGCCAAUUGCUUAGUAAACCUCUUAUUACAAAUUCAGCUUCUCCUCUCCCUAUACCACCUGCAAUCACUCGUAGCUUCUCUAUACCUACUAGCAACCUUAGGGCGUCAGAUUUAGAUAUGUCUAAGACAAGUCUGGUCACUAAAAAGUUAGGCACUGCCUCGCCUCCUUUAACCCCAAUGUCAUUGAUCCAUCCACCGCCACAGGCUCUUCCAGAGCGUGCAGACCACCUAAUGAUGUCCAAAGAAGAGAGGAGGAUUUAAGAUGUAAGAUGUUUGUAGCUGCCUAAAAACUGUAGGAGGAAGGCAUUCCCUAUAGUUGCAGAUAUAUGUAAAUAUCCUCCCAUUUUUAGUUUCACCGAUGAUCUUAGUUUUU